CUGAGUUUGUCUAAUUAGGGGGCGGAGCCUCCGAGAGACGCUGGGGCUCGUGAAAUUGGCUGGAAGGAUGGGAGGGUGGUCUUGAAAGACAAAGAGUUAGGGCGAGUUAUGAGGCACCCACGUUGGGGUGGGGGGGAUAUGAUUCCGCAAGAGUCAGAGCAAAGAGUCUGGAAUACCCAAGGGAGGGUUUUGGGGGGAGAAACAACUACUCCAGGUGACUUUGGGACCACUCCCAGGUUCCCCAGGAACUCGGGACUGGGGAGUGAGGACAUUCAUUCAUUCAACAAACAUUUACCGAGUCCUGUUUGCCUGUGCUAAGUAGAUGAGUAGGUGAACUAGGCAGAUAGACAAGGACUGUGCUCCCCUGACGCUUGCGUCUAGCAGGGGAGAAAGGCAUUAAAGAGAUUUAUUGUGUUGUGUUCUGGAAAGGAGAUAAAGAUGGAGUGCUGGAGUGGGGGUGGGGGACCUAAAUUUAGACGAGAGCGGUCAGCUGUGGAGUGGCUUAUAUUUACACUGGGGUCAGGGAGAUAAGCAGGAGCCAGUCACGAGGGAUAUUACUAUGACGGCUUUGGAUUUUUAAGUGCCGUUGGAGCCACAGAAGCGUUUUGAGUGGGAAAAUGACUUGCUCGGGUUUCCAUUUUCAAAAGGUGCUGGUGCCUGAUGACAGCAGCCCCGCCACACCCCCGACCGACCUCAUUGAGAUCCAGGUGGUGAAGGUGACAGACACCACGCUGGUGCCCGAGCCCCCGGAGCCAGGUUCUUUUCAUUGUGCCUUGUGCCCGGCUGCCUUCCGGCUGGUCUCGGAGCUGCUGUUCCACGAACAUGGCCACCUGGCGGGGGCCGAGGGCAGUGGGCAGGGUGCAGACCCAAGCCGGUGCCACGUGUGUGGCCACAGCUGCCCGGGCCCUGCCAGCCUGCGUGCCCACUACAGCCUGCACACUGGAGAGCGCCCCUACCGCUGCCCCCUCUGCCCCCGGGCCUUCAAGGCUCUGGCGCCCCUGCUGCGGCACCAGCACCGGCACGGGGAGGAGCCGGGGGCCUCUCAGAGGCCCUCAGAGGUGGCGGCCGCGGUUCGGGGACAGGAGCCUGGGGUGCCCCCCGAGCGGUCAGAGGUGGUGAUAGCAGCGGCGGCAGCGGGCGCGGCUGUGGGGAAGCCCUUCGCCUGCAGGUUCUGCGCCAAGCCAUUCCGCCGCUCCUCGGACAUGCGCGACCACGAGCGAGUGCACACGGGCGAGCGGCCCUACCACUGCGGCGUCUGCGGCAAGGGCUUCACGCAGUCCUCGGUGCUGAGCGGCCACGCCCGCAUCCACACCGGCGAGCGCCCCUUCCGCUGCGCGCUCUGUGACCGCACUUUCAACAACUCCUCCAACUUCCGCAAGCACCAGCGCACCCACUUCCAUGGCCCAGGGCCUGGGCUCAGGGACUCUGGGAGCCAGCAGGUGGCGGAGACAGAGGGGCCAGGGAGUAGGUGUGGGGCAGGAAACACUCGAGAAGAGGGGUGUGGGGACGCAGCAACUGUGAAGGGGGAGGUGGAUCAGUAGGCUGGUUAACAGGGGUGGUAAGCAGCAGGUUUCAGGGGAGGGGUUGGGUGGGACAAGGAGGCAGGUGACCCAAGAGGGAAGGCUGGGUGAGAGGUGACAUCGUGAGCAGCUAGUGGGAGAGCAGCCGGACAGCCAGGGUCAUGGCUCCCACAAACCCUCACACGGCAGCUCAGGGACUGGGAGAAAGGCACGGACACAGUCCAGUGGAUGUCCAGCUAAAUGGGAGGAACAUGGGCUGGGUGUCCUUUCCCUGUCUGCCUGCCCUGGGUCAUCCUUGUGCAAGACACAGCUUGUAACAACAGAGCCGGUGGCCCACACAGGGCAGAUCCAGGGUACACCACAUUGUCCCUGGGCAGCUCUUUAUCUGCUGAACCCUGAAGUGUCUUGGGGCCUAGGGUGGACUGGGGUGACAUCUUCUGCCUACCUCACUGGGUUGCACUGAACUUGGGAGACCUAGCCGCCCACCCUCAGGUAGAAGACACCAGCCAGGCCCUCCACAGAGACUGGAGUCCCACCACCUCAAAGCCAUAGAUCCCCCAGCUCACAGCCCAGAGCACUUGGGUCUCCGCCAUGUGAGCCUGACUGGCCGUAAGGAUUGUGACUGCAAGAGCUGCUACCCCUGCUCCCAUAGUGAUUCCUCCUUAACCCACCAGACCUGCCUCCUCUUUCCAAGGCAACUGAAAAUGCAGACCGAAAAUAGCCACCUAACAUCCUGUCCUCAAGGUUUAGUCUCACAGCCCACACCCCACACCUACAAAAAUAGCCUCAGGUUUCUCUAAUCUCCUCCACUCCCAACCUAAAGCAAGCAGUUUACUGCCUGGCCCCAGAUUGCCCCAAGGAAGGGUCGGUGGAUGGCCAGAUAUGGGGAGUGUACCUGGCGAGUGGGGGCGAGGGGAGGACUUGGGAGCUGGAGGUGGGAAGCCUUCAGCUCCGUUCCUAUUAAAGGACUUUCUGAAGGGU